AUGGCGGCGGCGGCGGCGGGGGGCAUCGCCACGCUGCCCGACGACGGCGGCAGCGGCGCCUUUCCCCCGGGGCACUUCAAGGACCCCAAGCGCCUGUACUGCAAGAACGGCGGCUUCUUCCUGCGCAUCAACCCCGACGGGAAGGUGGACGGCGUGCGCGAGAAGAGCGAUCCGCACAUCAAGCUGCAGCUUCAGGCAGAGGAGAGAGGAGUGGUGUCCAUCAAAGGUGUCAGUGCCAAUCGCUUCCUGGCCAUGAAGGAGGAUGGCAGACUGCUGGCCUUGAAAUACGCAACAGAAGAAUGUUUCUUUUUCGAGCGUUUGGAAUCCAAUAACUAUAACACUUACCGGUCACGGAAAUACUCGGAUUGGUACGUGGCACUGAAAAGAACUGGACAGUACAAACCUGGACCAAAAACUGGACCUGGACAGAAAGCUAUCCUUUUCCUUCCCAUGUCUGCUAAAAGCUGA